AUGGAUGAGAGGUGCGGGCGUGGCGGUCGAGGGUGGGUGCCACCCCUCUCUGCCCUCAGGAGCCGGCUGGCGUCACAGCCAUACUGGCGAAGGUGUUUGUGCUCGCAAGAGGAGGUGCCGUCCAUCACAGAGCGGGAGCUGGGGCCUCUUCUCGCCCUCACUCCGGCUCAUCGCUUCAUAGUCCUCGUCGUCACCAACUCCAGUCACAGCCACGGGUCAGUGGUGGUCGGGGGAGAGUCGCUGAUCAAAGCCAUGUACACAGCACAGAACCUGCCGGGUCUGCGACCGUGUCUUCAGAGUCCCAGCGAGCCCUCUCUGGCCUUCAUCAAGUACGACAUGACUAAGCCCAAGAGCAAGAGAAAGGAGAGGAGGGGUGCCCAGUCUACUGUCCUUAACGGUGGACAGGUCAAGGUUGGAAUGGUCUUGAUAUAUCAGAAGACAAGAAUGUUGUAUGCAGGAUUUCCUCUCGCUAGCUACGGGUGCAUGAAGCAAGACUUCCUCGACUUUAUAUCCAAGUACACCAAAUGUGACUUUCACCUGAGAGUGCCCACCCAUGCACAGCCUCUACCUCAGCUACCGAGUGAAAACCCACAGCAGGAGUCUCAGGAACUUGAACCCCUUGAGGAGACCUCAUCUGAGGAACCACAGGAUCAGCAUCCCUCUGAGAAGUCACAGGAACCCCCUCAGAAAUCCCAGGAACAGGAAUCCCCUGAGGAGUUCUAGCAUUGAGAACCUCCUGCAGAGAACUGUUGCACCUUCCCCUUUAACUCGAAUACAAAUACUGUACAGUACUUAUCAAUAAUUACUGAAACUUAAUAACAGUGAUAACCAAUAUGCAAAAGAAAAAGAAUUAUAUAGCUAUCUUCUAAUUCUAAGAAUUACCCAUCUAUUUACUUCCAGUAAUUUCAUCUCAACACCAUGUAAUUUUUAUUGAAUCCCUCACAGAUUUUGUAUUUAUCAUUUACCUGAAUUUACCUGAAACCCACUACAGUAUUCAUUAGUGGCCUUAAAGAGGACAGGAAACUGAUGGCUUGUCAAAGGCGCCAACAACUGCUCCCGAAGAUUUUUCGGUCUGGAUUUUAAACUGAAGUAAUGACUUGGCAUUUGUGUCUUGGGCAGGUGGUCUCGGGUUUAGUAGCAAGGUAUGCCAAAAUUCCCUGAAAAUUGGUUCUGAUCUAUUCUAUCUACUGUGAACAACAGUUAGCUGCAUUGUUUUGAAAGUCAGCAGGAUCUGGAUGAGGGAGGGAGUUGUGAGGAGAAAGUACCAAGCCAUUGCAACUAUAUUACAUUUAUACAUUAAAUAAAUAAUACAUUUAAAGUCAUCUGGAUAAACAUCAGAUGACUUUAAAUGUAUUUUUCUAGGCAUAUGGAUUAGAGGUUGCAUAUCACAGCAAAAUCCCAAUUUCCUAGAUUUGAUCACUACUGCUUUUUUUGCAAUCAAAGAGGUUAGGCAGAAUAGCAAGAGGCAUAUUAAAUGAUACACUACAUUGCAU